AUGUCAACACUCGCCUUCCAGGGCGACGUGUCUGACCUCAAAUAUGGAUUUAUACCUCUGCAAGUACAUGAAAAUCUACAAUCAAUGAUGUUUGCCGAUCGUGUUGAAGCAGCUAAACAAUUAUUGCAACUCACAAAUUCUGUUGCAAUGAGAUAUGUAGACCUCGGUAACUUCUUAAUUUUCAUUGGACCAUAUUUACAUGAUGAAAAUUUCGAAGUUUGUACAAAUGUUGAAUUUACAAUUGAAGCAUUGAUCCAAAAGUUUGGAUCACAAUCACUUUAUUACAUUGACCAGCUCAAAUCAAUCAUAUUUCCGGCCCUUCGUGAUAUUAGAAGAGCUGUUCGAAUAAUUACUGUAAACAUGAUGGUAACUUAUUCAUUAGAAACUCAAUCAUUCAUCCUCCUUCAAACUGCCCUUGACGAAUUCGAUAGACAGCCAAAUUUAGCAAAAGCUGAAUUAUUAACAUAUGUAAACUCUUUAAUUGAAAGAAUCAAACCACCAGAGUCAUACUUUAAACCUAUAUCAUCCAUGCUUGAUUCUGCUUUUAUGGUUCAAAACGGCCAAGUAAGAUCAUCAGCAAUUCUCUUAUUACAAUGCUUCGUUAAACUUGCACCUUCGAUCAGGCAAAUUCUUACUGAACAAUGCGAGAGCUUCCUUUUGGAUGAUAUUCCAAAACAAAUUGUACCUAGUACUCCUAAAGUUAAUUCCCCAUCAAUUCCAAUGAACGGAAUGAGCCCAAGAGGAAACUUUAUGAAGAAAUUCCCGCAAACUCCUCGAAUAGAAAAGAAUCAAAUCGCUUACGAAAUUACCGAAUUUGGGAAACCGCGUAUCUCAAAGACAGCAAACGAUAUUUUUGCAAUAGCAAAGAAACAGAUUAUUGUCACACCAAAACUACAAGGUUCUCCAAUCGCAAGACCAAUUAUCGAAUCUUUUAUUCAAGAACCAAUUGAUGACAACAUUUUUAGAGGUAAUAGCAUCGAACAUAUACCGAUAAUGAAUGAUUCUCCACCGCAGUCUCCCAAAUUUGAACCAAUUUUUGCUCAAUCAACAGCUCCUCACGCGCAAGAGGUUAAUAACAGCAGCUCAGAGGCAGAUAACAUUGAUUUUCCACCAAUCAUUACAUCCACUCAUACAAUUACGAUUUCUUCAGAUGAUCUUCCUGAAUUGAAAUCAGAAAGAAGUAUUCAUGAUACAUUUAGCAAGCAGGAGUUUCCUAUCAAGCCAGAUUUCAACGAUGAUCCUCCAAAACCAGAGCCAAAUCACAUUUCUUUUGCUAUUGUCGAACCGAAGGCUGAAAAUCUGUUUAUCGAUGAUUUAUCAUCAGAUACAGGCACGUACAAUAGAAAUAGAAUACGAAGGAGACCGAGACCCCCAGUUUUGAAUAUCCAACCCUCGAUAUCUGCAUUUCAAGAUGCUGAAACUCCUCAACCGAAGAAAUACGAUGUUCAGGAGCCAUCACUGCAUGUAAAACCCAUGAAAGUUCAUGCAAGUACCCCAAGAAACUAUCAUAAGUACCAAAAACCUCCGAAAAUCCCUCAAAAUCAAGCCAAAAGUCCCAGAAAAAUUGUGAAGGAAUUGGCGGUUGACGAUAUAAUUUCUGAUCUCCGAUCAAGUGAAUGGGAAAAACAAAAUGAAGCUGCAUUAUAUUUAUCAAAAUUAAUUGUUACGAAUACUUCUUUUGUUCGUGACAAUUUGCGAGUUUUUGUUUUCGAAUUAUUCCCUUUAACAACAUCUAUAAGGAGUGCUCUUGCCAAAACAGCUCUUUCGUGCAUGAAAGACCUUGCAGAAAACUUUGGCAACGAAUUCACUCCAUUUUUCGAAGCGACAUUGAAUGAAUUAUUAACUGUCAUUUUAAGUUCGAAGAUUUUCAUCAACAAACUUGCCAGUGAUUGUAUCGAUCUCAUCCUCGAAGGAAUCAACCGCAAAACCGCUAUAGAUUUCCUUCUCCAAGACCACUCAAAAAGGCCAACACAAUGCAGAGUUUCUUUAUCAUAUAAUUUCUCAAAAUUAUGCGAUGACAUCAAUGAUCCGAAUGCUGCUGUAAAAAGCCUUGGAAUGUUCAUAACAGAUGCGAGCCCAGAUGUUAGGAAAAACGCAAGAAACGCAAUCACAAAAAUGAGUGAAAAAUUCCAUGAAUUCAAAUAUAUAAUUUCUAACUCUUCUAUUAACGAUGCUGAAAAGAAGGCACUCUUGAAUUGCUUUUAA